AAUGAAUGAUUACUCAGUGAAAUGGAAAGAAUCUUGUGUAAAAUUACUAGAAGUUAUGCUUAGAUUAGACGAUACGGCUUAUUUUAGAGGCAGAUACAAAGCUAAAACGGCGGCUCAGGUGAAAUUUUGCGAUUAUUUAUCUCAUCAAGGAAUGCAAUGUGAACCAAGUCUGUUUGAAAUAAAAAAGAAAAUCAUUUAUGGAGACUAUGUUCACCCACUUCAAGUCGGUCAAGAUGUUCGAGCUCUCUUGAAUCAUGCUAUUUCAUUCUUUUCACCGUCGGACCAGGAUGGAAUAGCAGCUAGUAGAACUUUAUAUUUCUUUGAAAAAGAGUUCCAAAAGAUCCUAACUAACCAAUCACGGGAUGAAAAUCCAAGAAAAAGGAUUAGGACAAAUCAACCGUCAACAUCUGUAGAAAUUCAAACAUUACCAACAAGUCACGAAGGAUCUGGCAUCAUGCUUGGCUGUAAAGGCGGAGAGGAUCAAACUAAUAAAGUAUCUCAGAAUGUCAACUCUUGUCGUCUUCAUAUAAAAGAAAUGUGGCUGGGAAGUCAAAUACUAUCGAGUUCAGUGAAAAUAUUCGAUAAACAGGUUUCAUUCAGAGUGAAAAAACAAACAAGUCCGGACAUUUACCAAUAUGACUUGGAUGCAGAGGAUAUUGUGAAAAUUGUUUUCCACUCUUGUUCCAAUAGCACUGGUGUUCUCCUGUUCUACGUUAUGCCUAAUGCCAUAAGGGAGAUGAAAGCUUCUCUCAGUGAUAAUCAUAUAAACUCUAGUGUUAUAACAUUAGUUCUACACAGACUCGACGUUCAAAGUAAAAUUCUUUUACAAGGAUAUAUCCAUCAACUAUGCCAACGAUCACCUUUUGCGUCUAUGUUCGAAGAGGUUGACAAGAAUACUAUUCAAAAUCUAUUGAAAAAGUCUCUACAUCCAUCUCAUAUCGAGCGUUUCAACAAAUUCUUCCCUAUCUUGUCUUUGGCGUCUACAAUCUCAUCAACUAGAGUUGCACCAUCAACAAUGAUAACAACAGUAGUAGAAAACCCAGUCACACAAAUGAAGUCAGCAGGACCAGGACCAUCGACAUCAACAGCUUCAUUUGCAUGUAAAAACGAGCAAUAUGUAAAUGCUGCAGAAAUACUUGACGAAAUCUUAAAUUUAUCGUCCUCUUAUUCAUCUCCCGUAUCUGGAACGGAAACGAAUGUAAAUCCAUCAUUUUCAACAAAUAUUAAUCCUAUAUCAAGUGUACUUGCUUACAAUCCUAAUCAACCGGUACAGUCAACAAAUUUUCAGCAGUUUCCUAAUCAGUCGCAAGUUCAAAAUGAUCUUAUAGGACCAAUAUUUAAUGAAGGUUCACAGAAUACAGACUUUGAAUCAAAAGGCGAUAACGAAGACGAAGAUGUGAUUGUUGCAUCGGAGAAAGUUAGCUUAAAGUGUCCCAUUACGCAAGUUGUAAUGAAAGAAGCUAUGUUGAACAAAAAAUGUAAACAUUCGUACGAUUUAAAUGGAAUAACAAGCUAUUUAAAUGCUCGGAAAGGUAAAGCAACACAAUGUCCGGUUUCGGGUUGUACCAACGAAAACAUUGAAAUGAAUGAUUUACUACCGAACGUCAGACUGCAAAAUAUGAUAAAUAGAAACCGUUCAGAACCUAAUAGAAGUGUUUUCACCUUAUAG